AACCGCUUCUCUCCAGCGAGCUCUUCCAUCGCCUUCCCAUCAUGUAUGCCAGCAGAAUUGAGGUUCCCCGGAGGGGGCGAUCCUUCGACUCUGUGAACACCAGCUUCGAUGAGAAUCAGCUCAACAACGCGGAAAAACAUGUGAACCUGGUGCACAUAGAAUCUCGAAAAUCCAGAAGACAAAAUUCGGAGUUUGAGAUCUUUGUGGAUUGUGACAGCAACAGGGAACAGCUAGAUGAGAUCUUCCAUCUCUUGAAAUCCCAUGUCAGUGUUGUAUCUGUGAAUCCAACAGACAAUUUCACCGUACAGGAAGAUGAUAUGGAAAAUAUUCCCUGGUUCCCUAAGAAGAUCUCAGAUUUGGAUAAAUGUGCAAAUCGUGUUCUGAUGUACGGUUCUGACCUGGACGCGGAUCAUCCAGGUUUCAAAGACAAUGUUUAUCGCAAGAGACGGAAAUAUUUUGCAGACCUGGCUAUGAACUACAAACAUGGUGACCCAAUUCCAAAAGUCGAAUUCACUGAGGAGGAGAUCAGGACUUGGGGCACUGUAUUCCGAGAGCUGAAUAAACUCUACCCAACCCAUGCUUGCAGAGAAUAUCUUAAAAACCUACCUUUGCUAACCAACUACUGUGGGUACCGAGAAGACAACAUACCCCAGCUAGAGGAUGUUUCACGUUUUCUAAAAGAGCGUACUGGAUUUACUAUCCGUCCCGUUGCUGGAUACCUGUCACCCAGAGAUUUCUUGGCAGGUUUAGCUUUCAGAGUAUUUCACUGCACUCAGUAUGUUAGGCACAGUUCAGACCCUCUCUACACACCAGAACCUGAUACCUGUCAUGAGCUUUUGGGCCAUGUCCCUCUUUUAGCUGAACCCAGUUUUGCCCAAUUCUCUCAGGAAAUUGGCAUGGUAUCGCUUGGAGCAUCUGAUGAAGCUGUUCAGAAGCUGGCAACUUGCUACUUUUUCACAGUAGAGUUUGGGUUAUGUAAGCAAGAAGGCCGGUUAAGAGCCUAUGGAGCUGGUUUACUCUCAUCUAUCAGUGAACUGAAGCAUGCACUGUCUGGAAGUGCCAAAGUGAAGCCCUUUGAUCCCAGUGUCACCUGCAAGCAAGAAUGUAUGAUUACGACAUUCCAGGAAGUUUACUUCAUUUCUGAAAGCUUUGAAGAUGCAAAAGAAAAGAUGAGAGAGUUUGCAAAGACAAUCAAGCGUCCUUUUGGAAUGAAUUAUAACCCAUAUACACAAAGUGUUCAGAUCUUGAAAGACACAAGGAGCAUUGCUAAUGUGGUGAAUGAACUACGUCAUGAACUGGACAUUGUCAGUGAUGCCCUCAACAAGAUGGGAAAGCAGCUGGGAAUCUAACCUCUCCAGUGACCAUCAGCCACUCUACACUCAGCGCCUAUGGAUUGUGUCCCAUUCUAGGCAUGACAAUACUCUCUGUGUGCUUUAUGCAGAAUGCCACUUUCUGAAAACCAAAGGAUGAAUCAAAGGGAAAGAUUUUGUUCUUAAUUAUGGACCCCUGUAAACUAUACCAAUAUUUACAUGCUGUUUUUCCCUUUCUCUUUUUAUGGACCCCCACUCACUCAACAAUUUGGAAGGAAAGCAGAUUCACUUUACCUUGAAACAGUUAACAUAGGAUCUUAGGAAUUGCUACAACAAAAUACAUGAAUAGUCCAUGUAGUCCAAUGAGGGCUAGUACUAGCCAUUACUGAAGAAUGGAUCCCACAAACCAGGGAUGAGGACCUGUGGCCCACUAAAUGUUUGGACUCCAACUGCCAUAAUCCCUGACCAUUGGCCAUUCUGCUGGGGCUGAUGGGAGUGGGAGUCCGAGCAACACCUGGAGGGCCACAAGUUCCCCAUCCCUGUCUCAGACCAUGUAUGUGCCACUAUGUUUUAAGAAGGUGUUCCACCUUGCAUUCAAGAAGGAUGCUAUAUCAGUGUUGGCUCAUUCCAUUAUACUCUCAUUUGGUUACCUGACCUGGCUGCAUGUGAGUAUAAUGGGGAAAGCUGGGGAACUGAAACUAGUAUGGUAUCUUUAUACUACCAUGCAAAAUGCAUUCCUUUAUGUGUGUUUCCUUAUAAGCAAGUAUAUCUGUAUCUUCGACUUCUUACAUAUAUUCAUCACUUGUUGAUAUGUAAGAUCAAGUGAUGGUUUGCAUGUGUGAUUCAGCUAUUUCUCUUAAUUAUCCUAGGUAGAAAUUCAAUAUUGCCUGAUGAAAAUUUCAUCCUAUAUCUAUAUUUUUGUAAGCCUCUAACUGUUACACUGCAGUUUGCUUUGCCACAGACAGGUGGCGCUGCAAACUGUAGCAUGAUUGGGCCAUGCUGAGCUCAAGGCUGUGCAGUGGUGGGGAAGGAAGGAAGGUUGGUGGAUGGGCAACCAGACAAGACCAAGUGGCAGAGCGGGCAGUGGCAGGAGUAGGUGGUCACAAUGGCCACCUAUUCAGCAAGGCUUCCCUUUCCUCCAGCCUGGGAGAGCCUGCAAGAUCAGACAGGGAGGGGGGAGAUGCCUUGGUGACCUGGGGGAGGGGUGGCAUGUGAAGCAUGCAGGGGCAAAGCCCCUAGUAAACACUAUAUUUGUCAAUUUGGGUGAGUGCUUUCACAUGUUGCAUAAUCUAGUAUAUGUUGGUAUGACCUAGCCUUUAGGGACAAUGUUAUGUGAGAACCAUCUUUAAGACCUGCAAACCUAAGUUUGUGGUCAAUAGCAGGCUUAGGCAUUUCACACAACUGGAUCAAAAGUGUCAAAAUGUUGCAAUCGAUCCUUUCAAAUUUAACCUAUGUAUAAGUUAGCUUAGAGAUAGAUGUUGUAUUAGUACUGGGGCUCUUUGAGUCCAUAUUAGUGAAAUCCGUUAAGAUGUAAACAAUGAGAGACCUCUCCAAGGAUAAGGUGAUAAUGGGCUGGCAACUCUCACUCUUAUUUAGAGUCCAAGUUUGAAGGGGGUAAAUGACAAGGUGCUAGUUGGUAAAAAAACAACCCAGCUAUAUGUUUACUUGGCAAUAGCAGCUCAAUCUGGGAAGCCACCUCUAUUUUAAAUUUCCUGCAAUGCCUUUGAGCAACACUAUGUGGGAUGCUCUGGGAAUUGUAAGAAAUUUUAAAUGGUGGGUGGCUUCCCAGCUGUUGGCAUUAGAGGGGCUGGCUGAACAAAGGGGGCAUCAACUUGCCCUUCAACCUGAGGAUGCUAGGUGCUGAUGUCAGCCCUGGCAAGUCAGAGACUUGCAGCCUCAUAGAACUAAUUACCCACAGGCUCCCGAAGAAUACACCUCUUCUUAAGAACUGAUAUAUUGAUCCUACCCAUCUUAUGCAACUGCUUGCAAUAUAUGUAAUCCAACAGCAUUAAUGUGGAAGAAUUAUACUCUAUAGUAGAGCAUGUGCUUUGCAUGCAGAUGAUUCAAGGUUCAGUCCUCAGCAUCUCCAGGAAGGGCUGGGAAUGUCACUUGUCUGAAACCAUGGAGCGCCACUGCCAGUCACUGACAUUACUGAGCUAGAUGGAACAAUGGCCUAACUCUGUGUAAGGCAAUGUCCUUUAUAACAUAUGUAGUUCAAAGUACUCCUCGAUCCAGCAUUGUCACUGGAGGCUCAGGUGGCCUCAGUGGCUAGGAGUGCCUAUUUCCAGCUCCGGCUGGCUCACCAGCUACAGCCCCUUUUGGGCAGCGAUGACUUGGCCACAGUACUCCAUCCUCUGGUAACUUCCAGAGUGGAUUAUUGCAAUGCGCUCGCUGUACAUGGGGCUGCCCUUGAAGACGACUUGGAAACUUCAACUGGUCCAAAAUGCAGUGGCCAGAUCACUGGCUGGGGUUGCUUUAGAACUCAUGUAACUCCUGUUCUAAAAUGGUUGCAUUGGUUGCCUGUUUGUUUCCAGGCUCAAUUCAAGGUGCUCAUGUUAGAUUUAAAGCCCUAAAUGACUUAGGCCCCAAAUAUCAAAGAAACCAUCUCCUUUCCCACAGACCUUCUCAGGUGCUAAGAUCAGCAAAGGGGGCCUUCUUGGUAGUUCCACCACUGUCAGAAGUUCAGGGGAUGGUGGCCUGGGAGAGAGCUUUCUUGUGAUAGCCCCUAAAUUGUGGAAUUUCCUCCCUACAGAGGUGCGUCUGGCACCUUUGCUGUACAGUUUUCAGCAAAUGCUAAAGACACUCCUCUUUACCCUGGCCUUUGGCUCCUCAGAUGUUUGUUUUCAGAACCCACCCUAUUCUUGCAAAUGAAAUGUGUUUUAAUUCUUUUUAAUAUUGUAUUUUAGGUUUUGUAACCCUCCCUGGGACCUGAUGGUGAAGGGCGGGCAAUAAAUAUAAAUAAUAAUAGCUCCUUAAGUUAGGUUAUCUUGGGGUACAAGUCUAUAUUUUUGGAUGAAGAAAAAAUACCCACCCUGAAAGGCCAUUAUUGAUCUGAACAUCAUACAUGGGAGAGGAGGAAGUUCAUGGUUUCCUACUAACUGUAGGUGUAAAGGAUAAUAAUAUGCACAACAACACUAUUGUGAUGCCCUCCAGAUGUUGUUGGACUACAACUCUCAUCAGCCCCAGCCAACUAUCUGGAUGGAAUCAUGCUGGCCACCCCUCCUCUAGAGACUGCAUGACCAACUUAUAGUUAUAGUAACAACAAAAGCAAAAUGAGCCCAAAUGAGCAGACACUAAUUUUGAAAAGUAUUCUUGGCCUUAUGCAUCAGAUAACCUACACCUCUAAAGUCACGUUUUAGUCAGAUUUGGACAGAACUUGUGAUAAGGCAAGGCUGUGUAAGUUAUGAGGAGUUAAAGCUAUGUCAAAGGGGUAGAGGUUGGAGUGGCUGCAUAGCCACAGGAGGGUCUUGCUGUAGGGCAGAGGAGUCUAUGCUUGUGGUCUGCUCUAGGAUCCAAAUAGUUCUCAAGAUACCAGGAGACAGAAGCCUGUUUUAAAAUCUUUGUUCUUUAUCUCCUUCUUGAUCUGCCUUCGUAUCUAAGCAAACUUUGCUUGUGUCUUAAAUUACAUUUGGAAUUAGUUUUUUUAGGAAUUUGAAGCUUAACAAUAAAUAAUCACAGUUGAAACAAGCAGAAAUAAUGGAUCAGAUUUUCUGUGCUUCUCAAAGAGUAGCAUUUCUUAAAAACAACUGGAUUCUAUUGUAUGUGUUUUUAUUAGAUA